AUGCCAAACUUGGAUGAAAUCCAGACUUUUCAGCAAAGGCACUUUGUGCCUCCUUCUCAGAAACAUCCUGUGGCCCAGGUUGGCUUCAUCUUGGAUAUAUCUCAGCACUACUGUGUGGCCAUCUUCGAUUAUUGCCGUCAAAGUGCUCAUAUUAUGGGACGCCAUGUGACUUCAGAGGCCAGACCUGAAAUCAGUCCACAAAGUAACUGGGAGGAAUGGCAUGGUCCAUCGUACUGGAAACGCUUGGCCAUCUUGCAUGGCUGGCCUCAUGGAGAUCCUUCUGCUGUACACGUUCAUGAAGAUCCUAGAUUCCGCCUACCAUCAGCAUCAAAUUGUGACUGUGGGCCAAUUGCUUGUUCCAUAUUGGAGCAUUUUCUAGACAAAGGGUUGAGCCACCAUGUAGAUGGGAGUUUGCAGCGCCCAACCAUACCCUGUGGACAUACCACUCGUCUCAGAAUUUUUGAGAUGGUGAAACUCAGCUGUAGACACCAGUGGCAUCACUAUCUAUAUCUUGGUGGCCAUCUUCCAGAUAAUUGGGACCCAACCGAUCGUAUCUCCAAGGCUGCAUUGGAAACCAGAAUGGAAGUACCUCAGCAGAUGGCACACAAUCACCAGGUCAUAGUGACUCAGCUUGCCACUAUGUUAUACAACUGCCCAAACUGCCGUCCAAACCUAACCCAUACCACAACCAGCAUCUCAUCUUCUGGUCUAGCACCAGGGAAUGUAAUCCAGAAUGAUGAAGGUCUGGAUCCGGAUUCUGAAGACCACAAUCCAAUCAGGAACUUCAUCCGGAGUGACCGGAUGACAGACAAUCUGAAGCAGCUCUUGGAUUCCCAUUCAUUGACCUCCAGUACUCAUAUCCGCGAUACGGAUACCAGACCAUCCAGAUGGCAGCCUUUUAAUCCAAGCUUUGAUCAAUACUGGGGUGGACCUACCCUGGAGUCCAUGCGGCCCAUCAUGGAUGCUGGUGAGAUCUGGUCUUCAUCCCGCAAUGCUUGGAUUAGUGCGCUAGGGUCAUCCGUGCUCUUCAGAGACUAUGGUUACAGGAUUCUCCCCAGCUUCUCCCAGAUGUUCUGGUUGGGCCCUCCAGUGGACACCCUGAAUUGCAUGAUGGGCAUUGGAGUAUCUGAUACAUAUGAUCCCAGCUGGCAGGUUUCUCGCUGGAAUAAUGAAGGCUACAGUCUGUCACGUUGCUCCCUAUUUCCUGAUGACAGAACAGUUGUUGCCCGUGAUGUGCGUAUCAUGGGAGCAUCUGAGAUGCUGCUACAUGCCAAUCAGCUGGUUUCAGAGAAUGCUGAGAUAUACGAGACUCUCUUUGUGUAUGGGGCAUAUCCCAUCACAAACCACCGGAUCUCCCUGGACCUGGAGCUUGACAUGGAUAUUCCUGAAGAAAUCAACAUAUCAGUGGACAUUGACAGCUACAUAUGGGUUACCCAAGACUUUCGUCCAGCCCUUAGCAUAGGGAUCUACUUGGCCCCUGUGAUUGAGCAGAAUGCCCCCAUCCAUAAACAUAACCACGUAUAUGUUGACAUUCUCAUGCCCCAAAGUGCUGAGGAUCAGGGCUUACAUGGAGCUCAAAGGAAUGAGUGGUGGACCAAGUCUGUCCCUUUGAGCUCCAUACCUCAUGUGUCCUUUGGAGUAUUGAGCACAGCAAAUCACACAUCCAAUCUUCUCCUCUGCUUUCCCCGCAUGAUUCAUAAUCGUACCAACUCGUCACGGCGCUCCACCCGCAUUCCUCUUGACAUCAUUGAUUUAUUUUGGAAUGAAGUGGUGCUACCUUCUAUAUCUCAGGAGGCGUCCAGUUCUUCCCUGCCUUAUGUGGACACCACGGUGCAUGAGAUCAGAUACAAAUCUCGCAAAGGUGGAUCCAGUCAGCCAGGUAGCCAGAGACCCAAGGCUACUCCGGUCUCCAGAGUUGCAUUUGAAAGGAUUCAAAAAAGGAUGAGGACUCGUAUCAAAGGUCAAGCAAUGCUGGCGCCAUAUGGAUCCUUCUUCUUUGUCUUGGAAGGCAAGGGCAUCAAACUUUGGACCAAGGACGGCCAGGAUGGCAGAUACGACACGCCAUAUCAGGCUUUGAAGGCAAAUUUCACAAACUUGGACUGGGAUUACAUGAUGGACCGGAAUCAUGGAGAACUGUACUUGGACUUGGGCGUGAGCUUCAACCCCACUGGCCAAUUUGUGGGUCUUUGGAGGCUUGAUGCUUUAAAGGCCUCUUUCGAGAAAGGAGGUUUCAGAAAAGGCACUACUCACCAUACCAGCACUUUAGGGCGUUAUGGAGGCAUUCAGGCAGAAAUGAGACAGGCACAUUCACGUUCCAGCCAGAUCUGCUUCAGAUCUGCUUAUCAGUUGUGCUACGAGGCCAUCAGGCCCAACAACAAUGAGCCCAAGUUUGUUUCUGAUAGGGAUGCCUACAAUCUUACCGAGGGCUACCUGAAAGAAUGCAAAUGGACCCAAGAAAUCUACAGCGCAGGUCCUUCCCGCCGUGCUUAUGGAUGUCGUGAUGAAUAUCGGAUGAGUGGACAAGCUGCUUUGGAGGUGCUGCCCCACUUGAAAGAACGGGCCAAAGGUUUUAUGCAGUCCCGACCUAUUCUUUGGAUCCCUUCCCACGUUUGGUUUGGACUCAUGGAUGGUAGGCUGGAGGGCUUGAGGCGUGCCCAAAAAACAUUGAAAUUGGAAAAACCCCUCAACUAUGGCAACAAAACCAGCAUCUUGUGUCAUCUCCUUCGCUGCAUGAGUUCCACACCUAUUGUGAUGGAUCUUCAUCUACAAGAGUCCCUUCGACGUCUGGAUGUUCAAAGAAUUUGUGACCGAGAUGGCAUGCUCUUUCUCUAUGACAUGGAUGAAAAGAUUGUCUCUGAGGACAGUGCUGAUGUCCGAAAAAUCAUGGGUGCCAAUGCCAAAAGCCAUCGCAAGACAUGGACCCUGCCAGAUCCCACGACCAGUUCCAACGACUGGCCUAUUGGUCCACAACCCAGCUGGAAGGAUGUAGUGAAGAUGAUUGAAGAUCAUCCUCAACUUCUAAUGAGGCAUUGGGUUUAUGACCCCAUCUGGGAUCCAGGAGAUUCGGAUGUCGGCCUACUUUUUAUCCAAUUUACACGAGAGUUUUGGUUGCAGCUAGCUGUGGCUCACACCACCAAUAAAUUUGCGGAUGCUGCCAUAAUCAAUCCCAGGAUCUGCAAUGAUCUGGAAGAAGCCAUGACCUGCUGGUCCUUGGAUCGUAUAAAUCAGUGGAUCAUCUCCAUCCAAUUCCAGGCCUGUAGUGCUGGACUGGAGGGAGACAAACCUGGCCGUCCUCAUCUCUCAUUUGUCCAGAGACGUACCACAUUCUUCCCCAGUGAAGACUCUGCACCGUUGCAGUCAUCAAAGUGGAAAACUUAUUGGACAGAGGGGUACAUUGCACGAUAUCAUGAGCUGUGCUCUGGACUAUCUGAAGCACGAUUGCUACAUCUCCAUGAUCGCCUGGACAUACUAUUCGCCAACCUUCAAUGUCUACCGGAUGUCAACAAACCCACCGCCAAAAGUCCUGGCUCUACUUGGACACUAGCUUCUGGUCAUGACAGUAUCAAGAUAGUGACCAACUCGUGUUUCUAUCGCAUACAAAGAAUUGGAGCAUGCAAGCGCACUGCUAAGAGGCCUGCUGUCCUCAAAAGACCCCUAGACUUUCGAGCAGCUGUCAUGCAAAUGCAGGGACGUGAUCCCAGGAGGAAUAAACCAAAAAACACAAAGAAGACUCAGAUUGAUCGACGUUCUACGAAGGCUAAGAAUUCUAGAAAGCCACCAAACAGGCCUAUCAAGGUAUGA